GCCCAACCAGGCCUGAGAUGUCGAUAACAGAACGUUUGACUAGUGGUUUGUUUUCGGCACGGCCUACUUUGUGUGUCAAAAUGACAAUGGUUUCGUUUUAUUAACUGUACAAUUUAAGUAUUUGGACUCGUCUAAAACACAAUUAUUUGGCUGACGGCUAAAUACCGCCAGAUCAUGGACCUGCCCAUUAAACCUGGUGCUAAUCAAGUGGCAGAUGUGGUGUUCGUCAUCGAAGGWACUGCAAACCUCGGCCCCUAUUUUGAAUCCCUCAGAAAACAUUACAUACUACCUGCAAUUGAGUACUUCAAUGGAGGCCCUCCAGCAGAGACAGACUUUGGAGGAGAUUAUGGAGGCACACAGUAUGGUCUUGUUGUGUUCAACACAGUGGACUGUGCUCCUGAAUCCUACGUCCAGUGUCACGCACCAACCAGCUCAGCCUUUGAGUUUGUCUCAUGGAUUGACAGCAUCCAGUUCAUGGGAGGAGGAGCAGAGAGCUGUAGUCUCAUCGCAGAGGGUCUGUCUGUGGCCUUGCAGCUCUUUGAUGACUUCAAAAAGAUGAGGGAGCAAAUGUGAGUUUUUUUAUUACUAAACUCAGCAAAAAAAGAA